AUGAGUCAAUUGAAGUAUAUCUUGGAUAUUGAAGGGACAGUUUGCCCUAUUUCGUUUGUGAAAGAGACGUUAUUCCCCUUUUUCUUGAAACAUGUUGAUUCAGUUGUGAAUACGGAAGAUCCCUCUUUGCAAGCGUUGCUAAAGCAGUUCCCUGUUUCGCAAGACCCGGUUUCCUUGAAGCAGCACAUUGAAAGCUUGGUCAACAACGACAUUAAGGACUCUGUUCUAAAGCAAUUGCAAGGGCAUAUUUGGGAGCAAGGCUACAAAAGUGGUGAAAUCAAAUCGCCAAUCUAUCCAGAUGCGAUAGAAUUCAUUAAGAAGCAUGAAUCUAAUGUUUACAUAUACUCUUCGGGUUCUGUCAAAGCGCAGGUCCUUUUAUUCCAGAAUGUAGAAGGUGGCAUCGAUCUCACAAAGUACAUUGCUGGGUACUUUGACAUCAACACGUCAGGCAAGAAGACGGAAGCACAGUCGUAUGCUAAUAUUCUAAAAAGUAUUGGAGUUGCUCCAGAAUCGGCAAGUGAUGUUGUUUUCAUAAGUGACAACCACCUCGAGCUAGAUGCCGCUAACCAGGUAGGCGUGAAGACUCUCUUGGCGAUUAGACCUGGUAAUAAUCCUGUUCCAGAUGCUGAAAAAUACACAUCGGUGACAGAUUUCUCUUCUCUAUGA